AUGGAUCUGCAGCGUUUGCUAAAGUGUCAGUUGCUCGACUUGUGUGAGGAGCUCGGGGUAGACGCGAACACAUCGAUGAAAAAACCGGAGCUUGUUAAGGCUAUCCAGGACGAAAAUCUUGACAACGAGGAAAUCGAAGAGAUGUGGGAAAAAAUCAAAACAAAAAAAGGAGACGAAGCAAAAUUCAAGGAAUUAGAACUAGAAAAACUUCGUCUCGAGGUGGAGCUAAGGAAAGCGAGCGGAGGACGGGAAUCGGAGGUAGAGGGCACCCGAAGUCUCUAUGACAUGACGAAGCUUAUUCAGGCUUUCAAGGUGGGACAGGACAUGGGCCUCUACCUGGUAAACUUCGAGAGAGCUUGCGAGAGGGCCCGUUUUAAUCGGGUAUAUUGGGCCAGAAGGUUGCUGAGUGUUCUGCCAUGCGAGGCAGCCGGGGUAAUCGCGAGGUUAUCCGCGGACGACUCGGACGACUGCGACCGCGUGAAGAGCUGCCUGCUCAAGAAGUAUCGGUUGUCGGCAGAAGCGUUCAGACAGAAGUUCAGGGGCGUGACCAAAAAGUCGGAAGCCAGUUAUGCGGAGUUCGCAUACGAACUUCGGUCGUACCUUGUCGAAUGGAUGAAGGUCGCCGAGUCGUAUGACGACAAAGAGAAAAUGCUGGAGACGGUCGCGCUCGAACAGUUCUAUAAGACUCUUCCUGAAAGCAUGCGAACCUGGAUUCAAGAUAAGUCAGGAGUAGACUCUGUUUAUCGAGCCGCAGACCUUGCGGAUGAGUACAGUUCCCGUAGAGGCGGAAAAGAGGGAAUGAGGAGAACCUUUGAGAAGGAAAGCGGAGAUGAGCGGAAAAAAGGGGGCUGGAAAAGAACAGAGUCGCGAAAGGAGGAAGACAAGGAGGAGAAUAUCUCCACGACCUCCCGGGGCAACGGGCCAGACAGUCAGCAAAAGAAGAAACCCUUUGAGGCCAGGAGGCCGAUAAGGUGCUUCAAUUGCCAUGAAACUGGGCACAUUGCCGCGGGAUGUCAAAAACCAAAGGUAGUUUUCGCCUUAGCGAGUAAGUGCGAGGAGAAUGAGGAGCUCCUGAGUCCGUAUCUUUUCGACAUGACAGUGAACGGAAAGUCGUGCCGCGUGUUGCGCGACAGUGGGGCUACCAUUGACCUAAUUCACCCGUCGUACGUUACCGAGACCCAUUGCAAUGGGAAAUGUAGCUGGAUCAAGUCGGUGCUGGACGAGGGGAGCGUGUGUCUCCCUGUGGCCGAUGUUCUGAUUUCUGGACCAUUCGGAGAGGUGCGUACUGAGGCGGCUGUUUCAGACAAACUGCCGCCACAGUACCCCUACCUAUUUUCGAACCGAACAGACAGAAUUUUGAAAGAACAAGGCAAGAGCCUCGGGGAGGGACUCGUUCAAGCGCUCACGAGGGCUAAAGCUCGCGAGAUUUCCACGCGGCUCAGUUAUGACGAGGCUAGCCCAGGAAAACCGAAGGAUCCGCCGACGGGGGUCUCGGAGCAAACCAGUUCCGGGGAAGCAGAGAAAGACCGGGGGAGUGAGGAAAACGUCACGGUCGAAAAAGAAACUCGCCAAGAGCAGCUAACCGAACUGGACGAGUUAAUAUUGCCCCCGACGUCGGGAAACUUUGAGAAACUCGUGUCCGUAACGAAGGAAGUUCUGAUCAAGGAGCAAAAAGCUGAUCCUAGUCUAGAUAAGGUGUGGGAAACCUCCAAGGAGGGCGUGGCCAGGAAAAACGUUUCAUUUCCUGUCCGUGAUGGUGUGCUGUACCGACACUACCGAGAUCGGUCGGGUCGCACGUUCGAUCAGCUGGUAGUGCCGGAGAAAUAUCGAGCGGAUGUGUUGCGCCUGUGCCACGGAGCGGGAUGGUCCGGUCACUUGGGCAACAAAAAGACGAAAGAUCGGCUCCUCACGGAAUUCUACUGGCCGGGAUGCUUCCGAGAUGCCGAGUCUCAGGUGCGGGCGUGCGAUGUCUGUCAGAGAGUGGGAAAACCCAAUGAAAAAUGCAAGGCGCCCCUGAGACUUGUGCCGAUAAUCUCGGAGCCAUUCAGGCGGGUGGUCAUUGAUGUGGUGGGUCCUCUUCCGGCUACUAAGGGGGGGUACCGCUAUGCUCUAACGGUCAUGUGCGCGGCUACCAAGUUCCCCGAAGCGGUCCCCAUGAAGGAACAGAGUUCAGUGGAGGUGGUGAACGCACUUCUGUCAAUUUUUGCGAGGGUAGGCUUCCCCCAAGAGGUCCAGAGCGACCAAGGGAGCGUUUUCACAAGCGCUUUGACUACUGGUUUCCUCGAGAGGUGCGGUAUAAAGGUUAUACACAGUUCAGUAUAUCACCCGCAGUCAAACAGUGUCGAGAGGUGUCACUCAGUUAUGAAGCGGGUUCUGAGGGCGCUAACUUAUGAGAGUGGGAACGAAUGGGACGCCUGCCUGCCGGCAAUGUUGUUCGCGCUGCGCUCCGUGACUCACGAGGCAACCGGCUUCAGCCCGGCCGAACUAGUGUAUGGACGGUGUUUGCAGACUCCCCUGCGGCUGCUCCGCGAAACUUGGGAGACCAAGGCAUCCGAUCCGAGUGUGGUAGAGUACAUUCUUGAUCUGCUAGAGCGAUUCCGAAGCACGAGUGAGAUAGCGGAGGUUAAUAUGCGCGAGGCCCAGAUCAGAGCGAAACGGUAUUACGACCGAAACGCCCGUGUCCGGGAGUACCGGGCGGGCGAUCAAGUCCUCUUGCUUCGUCCCUCACGCCAAAAUAAGCUACAGGUGCAGUGGGAGGGACCAUUCAAGGUGACUCAAAAGCUGUCGGAUACUAACUACGCAAUCGAAACCAGAGGCAAGAGAAAGGAAAUCAGAAUCUAUCACUGCAAUCUGAUGAAGCGUUACGUGAGCGAAACGGAAGUGGUGAACUUGACACUAAACGCCCCAGAGGAAGUUCAGACUGAUGUUCCGCUACUUUGGGAGGCUGGAGCGCCGGUCGGAGUAAAUGAAGUCAUGGCUCAGGCGCCUGGUAAAUGUACGAGGGGUUUUAAAGUAACAUUGGAUGCCGAAAACUUUCUGGCAAAGAAGUAA